CCUUCUUUUCCUUCCCUCUUCUUCUUCUUCUUCUUCUUCUUCUUCUUCUUCUUCUUCUUCUUCUUCUUCUUCUCAUUCUGAUUCUUCUCAUUCCUCUCAUUCUACAUCUGAUUCUCAUUCUGUUCUUUCUUCCUCUUCUUCCUCUUCCUCUUCCUCUUCCUCUUCUUCCUUUGUCAUUUAUCUUGCUCCAUAUUACAUCUCUCAAUCAACUUUCUUUUUACUACAACGAAAAACGACCACUACAACAGCUACUAUCACCUACUACUACAAUUACUUUUGCUUUCUCUUUCUUUUUUUUUUUUUUCUUUUUUUUUUUUUUUUUAUUUAUACAUAUAUACUCUCCUCUUUUACAAACGAACAAAUACAAUGUCACCCUCCCUUCCUCCUCCUCCUCGGAAGCUAUCGUCCUCAAGCAAUACUUCCUCUUCCUCUCACAGAUACCCCAAAAUCAACCCAAAUUCCGUCGCAUAUGCCUCCGUUGCCGAUCCCUCAUUGCUCGAUCAGGACGACAAUGAUGAUCUUGAUCAUACACUCGCCAAUCUCCUCGGUCACUCCCAUAUCUCGCCCCAGCAUCAUCCACAAUGCAGACUUUACAACCCUCUCAAUGGCAGUUCCUCUGCCGGCGCAAGACCAUUGAGCAUCGCUAGCGUGUCUAGCCUUGGUUCGGGAUCCUAUACGAGCUACGGGAGCAAUGCCUCCCAUAGUCGCAGAGUCUCCCAGGCACUGCUCUCUCCUCUAUCGCCCACCCUCAGCGAACCACAUGGAUCAUACUUUGGUACUUUGAAGGAGGAUGAUGAAUGUAGAGACACAGAUGUGAGUACGAUGACACCCUCUAAUGAGUACGACAUGGCACUUGCAGCAUCAUCGAUGCCAUCCUGCAACUGUUGCUCCAGUGCGCGAAGCAAUAGCAUCUGUAGCUCAGGCACGACAGGUACCGGUGUGGCUGCUCAAGAGGAUCAGCACAAGCAGGCACUCUUUGGUCAUCAUCCACACCGCGAUAGCAUCAGUCUAGAAAGGCUUUAUGAUUGCAAUCGUCUGACCGUUCUUAAAGAACAUAUCCCUUCAGAAGUGCGUGUACGGCUGAGCUACCAUUUGGACGAGUGCUGGUUCUUGCACUUUGCACCCUCAGGUCAGUACAUGGCAUCGACUGGUUUAGAUCAUUCGAUUGUGGUAUGGAAGGAUAUGGUGGUAAGUUCCCCAAGAAAAAAAGAAAUACAAUGAAGAAACAGCUAUAGUAACAACAAUCAAACAAACAAACAAACAACAAUUUCUGUUGCAUAACUGUAUGUGGCGCAUACGCUUUGUAUGCUCCCAAUGCUUCCGCCUCUCCCUUUCUCUUUCUCUUUCUCUUUCUCUUUCAUUCACUCGCCUUGAUUUUCCAAAUGGCAUUGCAUUGGGCUUGCAGCAAUUUAUUUUGAUCCAACUGUAUAUCGCAUAUGCAUGGUCAUACUUUUUUUUUUCUUUAGUCGUAUUAUCCCCCUG